AUGGCCGUGGCUGCUGCGUCGGGUGGUGAUGCCGGGAAGAGGAUGGAUUUCUUCGGGCGCCUGCUGGUGCAGAGACUUCCCUCUUCUCUUUUUCAGUCUGCAGAAUUCUUCGAAAUGCUGGAAAAAAUGCAGGCACCAAAACUUGAAGAACAGAGGGCUGGAAGCCAAAAACACAAGGAAGACUACAUCCCAUACCCCAGCAUUGAUGAGAUCCUGGAGAAGGGCAGCCCGUACCCACUAAUCAUCCUGCCCCAGUUUGGGGGAUACUGGAUCGAAGACCCAGAAAACCUUGGCACGCCGACCUCGUCCGACAGCAGCAUCUGCGAGGAGGAGGAGGAGAACCUCAGCCCCAGCACCUACGGCUACAAGCUGGAGUGCAAAGGAGAGGCCAGAGCCUACAGGAAGCAUUUCCUGGGAAAGGAUCAUUUAAAUUUUUAUUGUACAGCCAGCAGCCUUGGGAAUCUGAUCCUUUCUAUUAAGUGUGAGGAGGCAGAUGGCACCGAAUACCUAAGGAUUAUACUCAG